UUUUCACAUUGCAGCAGGCACCAAGCAACUAUCUACAAUACAAAAGCACUCCAGGAAGGCAGAUCAAUAUGAAGCCAACAUUCAACAGAUGCAGCAAAGCAAGCAGAAUAUGGCUUCUCUGACCAACGAAGCAGCAGCCAGUUCUUCAUCUUCUUCUCUCCCACUUUCUUCUACUGAUCACCAAAAUCAUUACACAUACGAGGUCUUCCUGAGUUUUCGAGGCGAGGAUACACGCUUUAAUUUUACAGAUCAUUUGUACAACGCUUUGUGUCAAAGGGGAAUUAAGACCUUCAGAGAUGAUAAGCUUAGCAGAGGAGAAGACAUAUCACAAGAGCUCCUCAAAGCAAUUGAGGUGUCCAGAGUUUCAAUUGUCGUCUUCUCUCAAAACUAUGCUUCCUCAAGGUGGUGCUUAGAUGAACUGGUCAAGAUACUUGAAUGCAGAAAAUUCAAAGGCCAGAAGUUUAGAGCUAUUUACUACAAGGUGGCUCCCUCAGAUGUACGACACCAAAGUGGUGCAUUUGGUGAUGCAUUUGCUACCCUUCAAUGUAAAUACAAGGAUAGCAUGGACAAAUGGAAGGCAGCUCUUAAGGAAGCAGCAUAUUUGUCUGGAUGGCCUUUCAAGGAUGACGAGUACGAGUCUAAAUUUAUCAACGACAUUGUUGAGGAGUUGUCCACUCAAGUGAUAAACCCUUCGUAUGACUUGCAUGUCAGCAACCAUCCAAUUGGAUUAAAGUCUUGUAGACAAGCUGUCAACAGUCUUUUAAAAGUCGAGGAAAAUAUUGUUUGCAUGGUAGGCAUAUGGGGGACUGGUGGAAUAGGAAAGACCACAAUUGCAAAAAAUUUGUUUAAUUCUAUUCGCCAUAAGUUUGAAGGUAGUUGUUUCUUAGCAGAGGUUAGAUCAAGAGGCCUAGCCAAACUGCAAGAGACACUUCUGUCUCGUAUUUUAAACUCAACUUUGAAGGUGAGCAGUGUUGAUGAAGGAGUCGAAUUUAUAAAGACAAGGAUGAGGGAAAAAAAAGUUCUCUUAGUUCUUGAUGAUGUGAGUCAUUCUAGCCAAUUACAUAAUUUAGUUCCAUCCCAUGAUUGUUUUGGGCCGGGCAGUAAAAUUCUCAUAACAACAAGAGAUAAACGUUGGCUAAUUGCUCAUCAAGUCAAUGAAGUAUACGAGGUCAAGAUGUUAAAUGAUCAUCAUGCUUUGGAGUUGUUUAGCUUGCAUGCAUUCAAAAGAAAUGGACCUCCAAGCGAUUAUAUGGAACUUGCACAGCAUGUUAUACGCUAUGCCCAAGGCCUUCCAUUAGCUUUGAUAGUUUUAGGCUCUCAUCUAUUUGGUAGAAGCAGAGAUGAGUGGGAAGCUACAUUAGAUAGUUGUAAAAGAGAAGAUCCCCACAGAGAGAUAAGAAACGUUCUCAAAAUAAGUUAUGAUGCUUUGGGAGAAGAUUUAAAAGGAUAUUUUCUUGAUAUCGCUUGUUUCUUUCAAGGUGAGCAUGUAGACCAUGUGAAACCAAUACUAGAAGCUUGCUACGACCUCAAAUCAGUGAUUGGUAUUAAAAAACUCCAAGAAAAAGCAUUGAUACGGAUUGACCAUGAAACUUUGAGGGGUGGUUUUAUUUGGAUGCAUGACUUGAUAGAAGAAAUGGGUAAAGACAUAGUGUAUAAAGAGUCACCUGAUGAACCCGAGAAACGCAGCAGAGUGUGGAGUGAAGAAGAUGUCGACGACGUUCUAACAAAUAAUACAGGAACAGAUAAAGUGACAGGCAUCCGGGUCUCGAGGCGAUCUUCUACGAUAUCUUUGAAUGCUAAAAGCUUCUCAGAGAUGAAAAGGCUUAGAUAUAUUUCUAUUAGGGGGAUGAUGAAAUAUGAAUCCUUUUCUGGAGAUAUUGAUUAUCUCUCCAACCAGUUGAGGUGGCUUGAUUGGCCAGAAUGUCCGUUGCAAUGUUUUCCAUCCAAUUUUCAUGCAAAGAAACUUGUAAAUCUCAAUAUUUCUAGGAGUCACAGAAUCACACGACUAUGGGAGGGGCGUAAGAAUUUUUCAAGUCUAAUACGUAUGAAUUUAAAUGGUUGUACAUCCUUAAAGGAACUCCCAGACUUCAGUGGAAUCCCUAACUUGAAAGAGUUGGAUCUAUCUAAGUGUACCAGUUUAGUUAAGGUUCCUGAUUCUGUUGGAUUGCUUGAUAAGCUUGUUACCUUGAAUGUUGAAAGUUGCUCUAACCUUAUUAUGUUUCCAAGAAAAAUCAACUUGAAAUCUGUAGAAACAAUCUCUAUCAGCUAUUGCAAGCUUGAAGAAUUUUCAGAAGUUGGGGAAGAGAUGGUUUCCUUGAGAAGUUUGAAUCUAAUAGGCACUUGCAUUAAAGAAUUACAUCCGUCCAUUACAAGGCUUAUUAGGUUGGAAGAGUUGGACCUGGCGUACAGUCAAAAUCUUACAACCCUGCCAUAUAAUAUUUAUGAGUUGCAGAAUCUAAAGACUCUUGAUGCGAGUGGAUGCUCAAAACUGGCUGCAUUUCCAGAAAUUCCAGUAAAGAUGGAUUCCUUGAGACAACUCUCUCUUUCAGGCAGUGACAUAAGAGAAUUUGAUGAGUCAAUUGAAAAUCUCAUUGGGCUUGAAUAUUUGGAUCUUCAUGAAUGCAAAAAUCUCACAACUCUACCGUGCAGCAUUUACGGGUUGCAAAAUUUAGGGCGGCUUGAUCUUGGUGAAUGCUCAAAACUUGUCAGAUUUCCAACAAAUACCAAAAUUUUGAAUGUCGAUGGUUGUUCACUAUCACUUCCCAAGCUAUGGAAGUUGGAUAUCAGCGGAUGCACUAGUUUAUCAGAUUGUGAUUUCCUGAUGACUCUUGAUUGCUGGGAAACAUUAGACUUCCUUGAUCUGUCAUUUAACAAUUUUGUUAGUCUUCCUGCUUGCCUCACCAAAUUUGUCAACUUGACGGAGCUUUACUUGGACGGUUGCAAGAGACUCCGAGAAAUUCCGGAGCUUCCACCAAACGUUUACACAUGUGGU